UGGUCGCAGUGGCUGCUCUUCGUUGCCUAGACCAGAAGAAAGCCGGGACGUGACAGAGCCGGGGGUUGAGGUUGCUGGAUGCCCGUUAACCAUCAAAAAAAUACUGCUUCUUCUUCGUUGGAGAGACAACCGUGAUUUAUUUUCACUUGCCGUGCUUUAUUCCCCGUCCUAGAACUAAUAUCAAUAACAUGUCCUGGCAAAGCUACGUGGACAACCUGAUGGCUGAUGGCAGCUGCCAGGACGCGGCCAUUGUGGGCUAUACGGACGCCAAAUACGUCUGGGCAUCGGUUAAUGGCGGAGCCUUUUCCAACAUUACGGCAUCAGAAAUCGACGUGUUGGUAGGAAAGGACCGGGAGAAUCUCUUCACCACUGGGCUGACCAUAGGCACUAAAAAGUGCUCAGUACUCAGAGAUAGCCUGUCAGCUGAAGGGGACUGGACAAUGGACGUCCGGACAAAGAGUCAAGGCGGAGAGCCAACAUACAAUAUAACUAUAGGCAGAGCAGGCAAAGCAUUGGUUCUUGUCAUGGGAAAAGAUGGUGUCCAUGGAGGACAGCUCAACAAGAAAGCAUUUCUGAUGGCUGAGUACCUGAGGAAGGCCAGCUACUAAAGCAACCUGUAACCAGCUACCUAGCAGUUCACCCUUGCCACCCUGUUGCAUUUGACACUACUUCCAGUCCUAGUUUGUAGUUUGUUUUUCUGCCUUCUCUCCUCCCCAUUUCUUUCCUCCCUCCCCAUUUAUCCUCGAACCUCUUCCCUCCACACAUUCGCUCUGUGUAUUCUUAUCUCCUUUCAAGCACUCUUAUGUUUAUCCAUAGUAAAAAUGAGCAUGUUGCUAAACAGGAUGUCAUGACAAAUCUGUACUUUACCAAGACCAGCAAAAAAAAAAAAAAUUGGCAGAACUUAGACAAAGGAAGCUAUAGCAUCAAUUUGUAAACUAUCCUUGCUUUUGUGUUUUAUGGUACUCACCACUAAAUCUUCUCAUAUCACACACACUCCCUCCUUGAGCAGCCUAUGCCUUUGGAGCGUUUGAGCUCUAACGAAGCUCGUCAUGUCUUCCUUUAUUUCCUCCAUGUCCAGGAGAGGAGACUGUCUACAUGUUAUCCUCAACAAACAUCACACUAACCUCCUCCUUGCCAAAUUAUUUAGCUCCCCCCAUUAUUUUGGCUUAAAUCAGAUGACACUAAAUCAUAUCUCACCCUUUAUUGAACACUACCCACCUCUCCCAGCAGAGUUGCUGUACUGUCCUGAAUCAGUUUUGAUAGAAGUGGGGUUGGGAUCAGUUCAGUUCAUGACAUCCAGAUGCAGUUAGUCCUCCCCAUUCCCCCUUCCCACCCUGGCAUCACAAACUUCCCAGCUACACAAACUCCAUGGACAUUCCACAGUAACAGGCUCAGGCACUUAACACUGUUUUGUUUGCCAUCUGUUAAGUUUUUUUUUUUUUUUGGAAAGGCUGCCAUUUUUUUGGACAGUAGCUAUCCCAGCAUAUACCAAUCUGGAGUGUGUCCAGUUUGAUUUUGUUUUUGUUUUUUUAUAGGACCAAGUGUAGUUGCAGCCCGGGUGUUUAUACAACUGCUCCAAAUCAUGUGAAGGAUGACUAACUUUUUCUGAUGAAGAAAAACUGUGACCAGGCAGAGAUGUUGUGGCUAAAACUAAAAGGGGAAUGGGGGGGGGGGGGGGUGUACAGGGCAGGUAAGGGUGGGAGAAUCUGGAAAAUUAAAAAAAAUCCUCACUAUUACUGUUGAAACAACUGCAUUUGUACAAAGCCAUGCUGUGUUGACAACUGCAUAACUGUGGAAUAAAUUGCCUUUAUAGUCAACUGAGCUACGGGGGGCGUCUGUUGAUCUGUCCACGCUCAGAACUGCUAACUUUAACGUCCAACUGAGAAACACCUAAUUUCUAAAAGUAGAAAUGACACUCGAUGGGAGACGAGGGUAUUGGUUGGAACAAAGAUGCUCAUGGUUGUCUUGUUGAAAUAUAACUACAGAACCUGUGUAUCCUGUGCCAUAAUGUAGAGAUCUGUAAGAUGGAUUUUACCCACUGUUGGCUACGGAGUCAUUUCAUCGGCACUUUUUUUUUUUUUAAAUUUGUAGCUUCAGCUCCACUGUCUUAGGCCUUGUGGGAUAUGUGUACUCAAAAACACUGUUCAAGUCCUGUUAGCUGAUCUGUUCAUUUUCUUUCCUCACCACUUUAUUUUUUUUUUCUUGCAUCUGGGAUACAGUCUUUAAUUCAUCUGAUGUUGUAUGCAUAAACCAAGAAAUGCCAUAAAUUGAUUUAUCACCUUGUUUACAGACAGAUCAAAUAAAUUUAUUCCAACCAGA